UACGUCAUUGGGGGCGUUCCCUUCCUAAGAGCUCCUCAACUUCUCAGCUUUCUUCAUUUCUGAUUCUGCACUUCCUAUGAAAGGUAAACAAAUGGAACACCGGAGACCAAGCUGUCAAAAUACCCAAAAUGUAAUCCGAAAACAGGCAUUUAAAGGACCGAAAUGCCUGGACAGAAACGAAAAUACAACGUGCGCUUUCCUCCUGGUCGCAUUAAGAAAAUCAUGCAGAAAGAUACAGAGGUUGGGAGAAUGGCCACUGCCGUUCCAGUUAUCAUCUCUAAAGCUUUGGAAAUGUUCUUGAUAUCAUUCCUCACCAAGACGAGCUUAAUCACCCAGUCAAAGAACAGCAGAGUCAUGUCCGUCAACCACAUGAAGCAGUGCAUUGAGUCUGAGAAGCUGUUUGACUUCCUGAAGGACCUUGCAGAACAGGCCUGUGGAGCAUCAACACCUAAAGAGGGUAAACCCAAGGGGAAGUGGCCAGGGCACAGAAGAAAGUGGCAUAACAUGUCUAUCAAUCCAAAAUCCCCUGAGAAAGAAGAGCUGCCCAAAAGGACCAACACUGAGCCAGCAAUCCACAGUGACUCGUCUAGUGAGUCUGAGCUUGUUAUCUGCUUGGAGACCCAGUCGCCUUGAUAAUAGCUGCUGGAAUACAUUCUCUGUAGCUCCUACUAUCCACCUGACUGAAAACUGCAGCAAUAUUUAUGAAGACCCAACAAAAGUUUUUCUUUUAAUAUUUCCCAGAGAAAUCAUUUUAAUUUGUACAUUUGUUUUUGGUACAGAGGCAGAAUUAAAAUGUGGAACUAAAACACCCCAAUUGUUUAGAAGAAUUUGAUCUUGAACAAAAAUAGUUUAGUACAUCAGUAAAUUAAGAAUGUGCAUGUGAGAAUAAUGACGUCUUUAGUAAGUUUUAGAUCCCUUUAUACUGAAAAAGGACUUUAUGUUUAUUCUAUGAGGGAGAUAUAUUUUCUAUUACUGUCUCAUUUUCCUUUUUUUCUGUUGGAUUCAUAACUGUUGUAUUGGUCGAAGCUUCUUAAAAGUUAGUCAAACAUCAAUUUUAAGUUGUGGGUUAGAUGCAUACUGACAAUAUGAUGGACACCAUAAAUGUAGAGAACUGCUCACUUUACGUUAAUCACCUUUGAGUAAUUAUUUAACAGCAUUACCAAUGUUCUAUCUAGAAGAGAGAUUAAUUAAGAUGCAUAGAGUUAAAGAAAAUGAUGGAUGCGUUUUAUAGCUGCAUAUGUCCUAUGUAACGUUUUAAAAUUGAAAGUAAUGAUGUGGAUGUUAGAUGACUUUGAACACAUUUCUGCUUUCAACUAACAUUAAUGAUAAUCAACAUGAAUAAAUCAAAACAGAGCAAAGAUAUACAUUAAGACACAAAGAUCUCACACUGGGGAUUGUAAAAUAAAUGCAUGAAAUGUCUUGAUGAUGCAAGGGCAAUUUUAUUUUAAGAAAGUGAAAGAAACAGUCACUUGUUUAGAAACUGUGAUGCUGAGGUAAAAUAAAUAAAAUCAGAUUUCUGUAAACCUAGAGCAUGUGUUCUUUUAUAACAAGAAUUUGCUAUUUUUACGAUGAUUGUGACUUUGUGUACAUAUUUUCUCUGUAUUGAUGAGCAAGUCAUGUCUUGAAUGAUAUGAGUGACCUCAUGAGAGCCAUCCAUACGCAGGGAGAAAAAUAAAUAAAACAUACAAAACCUACAGGGGAAAUGAAUACAGUACUCCAAACUCUGAUGAAUACAAAAAACAGUUAUGUGAAGGAAUGCCCAGUUGUGCCUUUUGACACAAAUUUCAAUAUAUUCUGUACAACACAAAGGACUGUUUGGGCUGUUUCAAGCUUGUUUUCCUUUCAAAGAAUAAAAUUAGCAGUAAAUAAUAAUUAUUAUGAAAAUACCAUAUGAUAUCAUGAUUUUCACAAACAUAUACAGAAAUAAAGUUAGCCUCUCCUAAAAUGUUUACUUGUCUCAUACAAAUCAAAAAGAAACUGAUUAUUGUAGUGGUUUAACAGUUUCUUUGUUUAUUCUUCUUUUCUCAUUCCUCCAUGACAUCCAUAGGUCUUUGUCAUAGAUCACUUUCAGGAAAAAAAACUAUCAAAAAACUCACGGUCCAAAAAAA